AUGCGCGGAGGCGCUAAUGAUAAAAUUAUUCAAGUAUUUCAUUUUACUAAGGAACCGCUACGCACGCAUAGAAUUCCAUUUAAAUUUGUUAUUAAGGCUGUUAGUAUCUUAAAUGUUAAUUCAUGUGCGCCUUCAAUUACGCUUAGGAAUGAACGAAAAAGAUUUCUCGAAGGUGAAAUUUGCAAUUGUACAAGCGGUAUCAUUGCCAAGCCUCAAUAUAUAGAGUAUAAUAAUGUUAUUCUAUCGGAUUAUGGAUUAACAGAUGAGCUCUUAGGUCUUGAUCAUGUGGAUAAAACGGGACACCAAGCUAUUGCGAACAGUAUUUUGCCAGAUCUAGGCUAUGAAAUUGAGGAUUUCCAAUAUUAUACGUGGCAAAUCACAAAUUGGUCAAGUUUAGAAAAAAGGAUAACAAGUCCUGAAUUUGAAGCUGGAGGUUGGAAAUGGCGUAUUUUACGCUUUCCUCAUGGAAACAAUGAUGAUUCGUAUGUUUCGAUUUAUUUGGAAUUUUCAGAUCCAAUAGAUGCACUUGCUGAUUUGCACUGCUGUGCACAAUUUGGUUUGCUAUUAUGGAAUCCAGAAAACCCAGCGUUCUAUGCUUCUCAGAAUUCGCAUCAUCGCUUCACUGCCGAAGAACAAGAUUGGGGAUUUGCGCGGUUCUACGCACAAAAUAAGCUGUUUAUACCAUCUGAUAAUCAACCUCAUCCAUUAAUAAAAAAUAAUACCUGUAAUAUUACGGCCUUGGUUCGCAUUAUAAAGGACCCAACUGGCGUCUUAUGGCAUAACUUUAAAAAUUAUGAUUCAAAAAAAGUUACUGGAUAUGUUAACCUAAAAACCCACGGUGCAACAAAUUAUUUAAAUGUUGAGUUGCAAUUAUUAUAUAGCAUAAAAUAUUUUCGCAAGGCGAUAUAUCAAAUCCCAACGGAAUAUGACGAAUCAAAUAAAAGUAUUCCUUUGGCGAUACAAAAUAUUUUUUAUAAAUUACAAGUAUCGAAUACAUACGUUGAAACAACGGAAUUAACAAAUUCAUUUGGGUGGAAUCCAUCAGAUUGUUAUACAUCACAUGAUGUACAGGAGUUUGAUAGUGUACUCCUAGAUAAUUUAGAAGGUAAAUUGAAGGAUACAACUGCAGAUGGAGUUAUUUCUGAACUCUUUGUAGGAAAAAUGAAGAGCUAUGCUAGGUGUGUCAACAUAAAUUAUGAGAAUUCACUUAUUGAUAAUUAUUAUGAUAUUCAACUUGAAAUAAAAGGGUGCAAAACCUUAAAUGAUUCUUUCCUAAAAUAUAUUCAUGAAGAAUCUUGUGAAGGAAAUAAUCAAUACCAAACUGGAAUCUAUGGUUUGCAAGAUGCAAAGAAAGGAGUAAUUUUUGAAA